AUGGCCAUCACAGAUGUGAUCCCUCCAGCGCUUGCAGCGGGCGGCCUGCAUGUUUUGAUGGGUCCCGAUCACAUCUCGGCAAUUAUGACCGUCUCUGUAUGUCAACGGUUGAAGGCGUUUUGGUAUGGCAUCCGGUGGGGUAUAGGCCACUCGGUUGGUCUAGCUUUGGUAGCAGCUCUCUUGUGGGCAAUCGAGGCUGAGUCUUCUGAUGCCAGUACACACCAUUUCGCACACGUAGCGUCUUAUGUGAGCGGUGCGUUCAUGCUAGCCUUUGGACUGUAUUUUUUGGUUAAAGCGAAGACCGAGCUCGAGAAAAUCUCACAAGUUGUCGAUUCGCGCACCUCUCGACGAUGGCAUUUGGCUGACCGUGAUGUGAAUGACAACGUGGCUUUCGAGCUACUAGACGAUGAUUUGGUCCACGAGUUAGAAGUGGGGGACGAUAAGGAGGCCGAUGUAGAACUUGAGGAUAAGACAGCGCAGAUCGUUGGUGCUUCAGCUGACACCACUCAACCAAACAGCCCAUCGGAUCACUCUAUUGGUUUACCUCACGUUGUUGAGCCUGCGAUAGAGCCCCGAAUUAAAUGCUGUAUGUUCGCUACUGGCGGCCGGACUCGAGCGAGAUUGGUGCAGGCGUUAGUAUCGUUCUGUGCUGGCAUACUGGGAGGGAUCGCCGGCCCUGGAGGAAUGCUGGCGAUCGUCCCUGCAACGUAUUAUGACACUGCAGCUGAGGCUUUCGCAUACAUCGGUACGUUCUUCAUAGCGUCAACGUUGAUGAUGGGGAUUGUCGCGGCUAUUUACGGUGAAGCAACUUAUCGAGUUGCAUCCCGAAGCAUAGGAGGAAGAGGAAGUUUACGUGUCGUCAAGAUUGUUUACUACGCGAGUUGUGGUGCGAGCAUAGCCGUUGGGAUCAUCUGGAUAGUGCUGAACGCCACAGGAACCCUGCAAAAGUUGUUCGACUGA